AAAGUGAUCGAUCGUCUGUUGGUAUCUCCGCAGUAUGGCGUGAAAUGGGGACGCGUUUGGCUGGACGUCGCACGGUAUUCUGACACGCGAGGCUAUCUCAACGAUGGUCAAGAACGCCGCUUCCCCUAUGCCCAUGCAUAUCGCGACUACGUCAUCGAUUCGUUCAAUCGUGAUACGCCGUACGAUGAAUUCAUCAAAGAACAAAUCGCGGCAGAUUAUUUCGCGGAAGAAGGAGACCGACGACUCGCAGGGCUUGGGCUCAUUCGUAUCGGUCGUCAGUUUUCGAAACGGCAAGAAACGAUCGAUGACCGUAUCGAUGUUGUCACGCGAGGUUUGCUAGGGCUGACGGUGAGUUGUGCUCGCUGCCAUGACCACAAAUACGACGCCAUCAAUACGGCGGACUACUACGGGCUUUACGGCAUCUUCGAUCAACUUGAAGAAACAACUCCGCUUGUUGGCCCGAUUGAUGCCGAUCCACAGUAUCCCGAAUUCAAGAAACGCUUUGACGAACUUCAAGCGGAACUCAAUCAGCAUACCGAGAAAACCGAACGAGCAAUUCAAUCGGAAGCCGCAACCAACUUUUUCGACUUCAUUGUGCGUGCGGUAUCGAAAAAGCAAGAUGUCGAGAUCGCCAAGUACGAGCAGAACGAGCUGGACGCGAAGAAUAUUCGCCCCCAUUUGGUUUCCAAGUGGAAGCAGUUCGCCGAUCGUGUCUGGAAGCCGAACGAUCCAAUCUGGGGGCCGCUCUUCAAGGCACGCGAAUUGGGCGAAGAGCAAUUUGCUGCGGAAGUGGAAGCAUUAGUCGCCAGUUGGACGGCCGAGGACAGCAAACUGAAUCCAACCGUUCGCGAAGCCAUCCAGCAGGCAAAACCGACUACGCUUCCAGCGCUGGUUGAUGUUUAUGACGAACUCUUCAAACCAAUCGGUGCUGUCUAUCGGGAUGCCGAGUUCAGUAAAGAGGCCGUUGAUAAGUUGGAUGGUCCGCAGGGCGAAUUGGCCGAUGCGUUGUUUGGACGAUUUUCGCCGGUGCUUCUCAAUGACAACGAUGUGAAUCGAUCCUGGUUCACCAGCGAACGCAACGCACGCAAGAAGCUGGAAGGAAAGAUUCGUGGUCAUGAGAUCGACUCGCCUGGCUCGCCGCCCCGUGCGAUGGCGGUGGUCGAUCGCGAUAAGAUCCACGAUCCGGUGAUCUUCCUGCGCGGCGACCCUGGUCGUCGUGGCGAUCGCGUCCCUCGGCAGUUCAUUCGCGUAUUGAAUGGACCGGAGGAUACCUCCUACAGCAACGGUAGUGGGCGAUUGGAAUUGGCCGAAGACAUUGUGGCUGACGACAACCCUUUGACAGCACGCGUGAUUGCCAACCGUGUCUGGAUGACGCACUUUGACCAACCGCUUGUGCUGACGCCGGCAGAUUUUGGUGUCCGAAGCGACCCGCCGAAGCUGCCCCUUCUGUUAGAUCAUCUAGCGACGUACUUGAAGUCCAACGAUUGGUCUCUCAAGCAGUUGCAUAAGUACAUCAUGCUUUCGGCAACCUAUCAGCAAUCGAGCGAAGACCGUGCGGAUGCGAGGGAAAAAGAUCCAGAGAAUCGCCUCGUCUGGCGAAUGAACCGCCGCCGUCUCACGUUCGAGGAAAUGCGAGAUGGCAUGCUUAAAGUGAGUGGUGCGCUGGACGAUUCGCUCGGUGGCCGGGCCGAAAAGAUUCUGGAGAAUCCUCAUCCGCCGCGGCGUACCGUGUACGGUUUUGUCGAUCGCCAAGACUUGCCGAACUUGUAUCGUGCGUUCGACUACCCGAGCCCAGAUGCGACAAGUCCAGAGAGAUCGAAGACCAGCGUUCCGCAACAGGCACUUUAUUUGCUGAACAGUCCUUUCGUGCAGCGUCAGGCUCAAUGGAUUACCGAUUCGUGGAAAGACGAGCCAUCCCUAACGGAUGAACAGCGAUUGGAACGGCUCUUUCAGCGAGUACUACAGCGAGCCCCUACACAACAAGAAUCGGAAAUGUUUUUGAAGUACGUCGAGUCGUCCUCCGAUGGAGAAAAAUGGAAUCGGUGGGAUAGCGUUGCCCAGGUGGUGAUGAUCUCCAACGACUUCAUGUUUGUCGAUUAA